AUGCCCGCGAAUCACAACAGUGAGGCUAGAACCAAAUGCCAAAAUGAGGUCAGAAACUACCAUAACAAGGGUAUAUUAUCACCAAAUAGAACUCGCAGCAUGGGAGAUCUGCGAUUGGAUGCCUCGACAAGGCGAGAUCAAAUGGCAAAAUGGCACCAGAAGCAUAAUGAAGCGUCUGACGAAAUAUUGAAAUCGUUAUUAAACAAACAAGAAUACUGUCAUCCAGGUCGUAUCACAAGGCUUCGGGGGUUUCGGGGGGAAUCCAACAAGUCGCCGUCGUUGUCAAGAACGUGGCAGGGCAGAUGGAAAUAUCGCAUUUGCACCACCGCCUCGUUCCCUCCUCCUCCGCCUGGCUUUUGUCGCCUCUUUUUCCCAUCAUCAUUUCAGUCCAGAUUCCUUGAAUUUGGACUUGCCACGAACGAAAGGCGGUGCCACGUACAGCCUCACGGCAAGAAAUGCGAUGUGCAAGGCCAAGAUGUUGGGCUGUGGCUACAAGAUGUGCCGGAAAUAUCAAAUUCUUCGGCACGCCAAACUGGAGUUCUGCGGUUUUACAUACAUCAGACGUGGGAAAAGGCGGGCAAAAUUACAUCGAAAAUGACCACAUCAACCGCCCCUGCGCAUUUCAUGGCUGACAAAAACACCAGAGGCCCGUUGCAUAUGGCUCGCAAACAAAGUAAAAGACAAACAGGAGACACCCACACCCUCGCGUCGGUCGUAGCCAGCAAUUCGCAUAGCAAGCUUGUCAGCGGAUCGCACGUGUUCAUAACGGCAAUCACACUCGUAGUGUACACGACUCAGCCACCAGUUGCCAUAGAGGAUUGCAUCCCUCACCGCGUUGUCGGUGAGAUCUCGAUCCACGGCAACAAGUCCCUGUUGUGUAGCUCACUGUUUGUGAUGAUUUCAGGCUGUCGACCAGGUAUCCAAAGCCCAUACCAACCAGCCCUGGGCGUGGAUCAAAUGGAACAUCUGCUGCCUGGGGCUUCGGCUGGCUGGCUUAGGCAUCCGAGUGGCCCAAUGAAGCAGGCCCAAGAGGCGUCCCUGGCAUGA